CAACCUCUGGCGCAGUUCAUCCGUUCGGUCGCAGGCCGCGGACGCAUUUAAAGAAAUUCAACGAAUUUUGAGUGAAGGAAUACCAUGUGGACAACAGCUAAUAGCUAAUGUUUAAUAUGCAUUUAAAUAAAUAUGCCCAAACUGUUAAAAGAAAAAAAGUUUAUUUACUUCAGUGGACUUCAAUAAUAAGUUGUAUUUGCCUAAUUCAACCUGCGCUGUCAACCGACGAUGGAAAUAGAGCGGCUCUUUCACAUCAUAGGACAAUUUUGGAUAACAAGCCGGACUUUAGCCACCAAGUCUACAAUGUUACAAUACCUGAAAACAGUCUUGGAAAAACAUACGCUAAAGGAGUACUACACGAAGAUUUGGCCGGAAUUUCGAUAAAUUCAAAUUACAAUAUCACAUACAGAAUAAUAAGUGGCGACAAAGAUAAGCUUUUUAAAGCUGAGGAAAGACUUGUGGGAAACUUUGCCUUUCUAAACAUUCGAACGCGAACUAGUAAUGUUGUUUUAAAUAGAGAAAAAACUGACGAAUACAUUCUAAAAAUACGAGCUCAUAUUAAUCACUCUCAUGGCAAAAACAUCUCUAGAUAUGAAACGGAAACAACGAUUCAUGUACAAGUUUUGGAUCGAAAUGACUUAAGUCCAUUAUUUUACCCAACUGAAUAUGCGGUAACUGUUCCUGAGGACACCCCAAAACAUCACAGUAUUCUAAAAGUUAUUGCAGAUGACGCUGACUUAGGUGUAAAUGGUGAAAUUUAUUAUAGUUUUUUAAUCGACAGCGAAAGUUUCGCAGUUCAUCCCACUACUGGCGAUAUUACCAUUCUGAAACAGCUUAAUUACGCAGAGAAUUCGCACUACGAGCUUACGGUUUUAGCUAAUGACAGGGGCUGUGCUAUUCACCAGCAGAAUCACCAGGCCAGCAAAGCGAAGGUGUCAAUAACUGUAAAACAGGUAAACUUAAAUGCACCCGAAAUUUAUGCAAAAACUUUUUCGAGUGUGAUACCAAAUUCCGGUGCUCUGAUUUACGGCAUAGUAAAGAUAAACGAUAAAGACAUUGGAAAAAAUGGAGAGAUAAGAAAAUUGGAAAUAACUGACGGAAACCCAGAUGGUACAUUUCAAUUACUUCCCGCAGAGGCAAAGGAUGAGUAUUACAUUGAACUAAAUAAGUUUGCGAGUUUAAAUGAACAGCAAUUUGCUUAUAACCUAACUCUACGAGCUGAAGACUUUGGCAUACCCUCCAGAUCUACUUUUAAAACAGUAACGAUACACAUACUUCCGGAAAUCAAAAAUGUUCCCAUAUUUACACAAGAAAUUUACGAAGUUUCGAUUCCGGAAACGGCGCCGGUUAACAUGCCAGUUAUAAGACUUAAAGUGAGCGAUCCUGAUUUGGGAAAAUAUGCCUUGGUAUAUUUAGAAGUUGUCGGUGGAAAUGAAGGCGGCGAGUUCCGUAUAAACCCCGAUUCUGGAAUGUUGUACACACAAAAGCGUCUCGAUGCCGAAACAAAAUCUAGUUACACAUUGACUGUGUCUGCCAUUGAUCAAGCGGACGUUGGAUCAAGGAAACAAUCGUCUGCCAAAGUAAAAAUUACUGUAGAAGAUAUGAACGAUAAUGACCCCAUUUUUGAGAACAUAAAUAGAAUUAUAUAUAUAAAUGAGAAUGAAUUAGCUGGCUCAAUUGUUACAAAGCUGACAGCAAAGGAUAAAGAUUCUGGUGAAAAUGCAUACAUAUCUUAUAGUAUAGCAAAUCUAAAUGAAGUUCCAUUUGAGAUUGACCACUUUUCUGGAGUUAUCAAAACCACUAACCUAAUUGAUUAUGAAACUAUGCGAAGAAACUACACCCUCCUCGUACGUGCAUCAGAUUGGGGACUGCCAUACAGAAGACAAACUGAAAUUGCAAUAGAUAUUAUUGUACAAAAUAUUAAUGACAAUAGACCACAAUUCGAGAGAGUUAACUGUUAUGGUAAAGUAAUCAAGUCCGCAUCAAUUGGAUCUGAAGUUUUUACUAUUUCCGCUAUUGAUCUUGACGUUGGAGAUGAAAUAUCAUAUCGAUCAAUAUCUGGAAAUGAGGAUGGUUGCUUUAAUUUAGAUUCAACCACCGGAACUAUCUCUAUUGGCUGCAAUUUAUUGGACGUUGGCAUUGACGAUCGAAUAAUAAGAGUAAUUUCUACAGAUGGGACACAUUUUUCAGAUGAGUUAAGUAUCAAUGUACAUCUUGGUCUGGAUCACUUAACGGAGCAGGGCAAUAUUUUGCACGGUUAUGGAUCGUUCGAAUGUCGAGAAACUGGUGUGGCUAGAAGACUCGCAGAAACAUUAGCACUAGCCGAAAAGAACAACGUAAGAAAUGUGUCGUACUCUGAAGUAAACAACUUGGCAUUGACACCAAGCAGAUAUGGGCAAAACAUUCAUAGACCUGAACUUUUAAAUUUUCCCCAAGAGCUUACGUUGAAUGAAAGUAUUCAAUUGGGUACAACGGUAGCUGUGAUCGAAGCUAGAGACCGAGACUUGGGAUAUAAUGGAAAACUAGUGUUUGCAAUUGCUGAUGGAGAUUUUGAUUCGGUAUUUCGCAUUGACCCAGACAGUGGCGAACUGCAGAUUAUUGGCUACUUAGAUAGAGAACGCCUUAGUGAAUAUAUUUUAAAUAUAACUGUCUAUGACCUUGGUCAUCCGGCGAAAUCGGAUUCUAAAAUUUUGCCCAUCACAAUAACAGAUGCAAACGAUAAUCCACCUGUUUUACAAAAAUCGCUAGCAACACUUCGUCUCACAGAAAAUGCUCCGAAAGGAAGUAUCGUUUAUUGUGCACAUGCAACGGAUGCAGACGUGGGAAUUAAUGCGGAAAUCACAUAUAGCCUAUCUGUUGAAUUUAAAGAAUUUACUAUAAAUAAAACUACAGGCUGCAUUGUGCUUAGUAAAUCAUUGGAUCGAGAGCACAAAGAUAAAUACGAAUUACAUAUAGUUGUAAAAGAUCGUGGAUCUCCAGUUUUAUCAACAGAAGCAAUUGUAUAUAUAUUAGUUGAUGAUGUAAACGACAAUGCCCCAAUAUUCGGAGUGCAGGAGUAUAUGUUCAAAGUUCGUGAAGAUGUCCCUCGUGGAACUGUGGUAGCGGUCAUCGAAGCAAUUGAUAAAGAUCUUGCCCAAAAUGCUGAAAUCCUUUUCUCACUCAAAGAGGAUACACAGGAAAAGAAUCUGUUUAAAAUUGAUAAACACUCUGGUGCUAUACGAACAGAAGGUUAUUUAGAUUAUGAAAACCGUCAAGUACAUAAUCUUGUGAUCAGCGCUAUUGACUGUGGAAUUCCAUCAUUAACUGCCGACAUGCCCAUAGUAAUUGAAAUUAUUGAUGUGAACGAAAAUCGAUUUGCUCCAGAGUUUGAAGACUUUGUUUUUGAAGGUAAGAUAAGAGAGAACAUGCCAAAAGGCACUUUGGUCAUGAAGAUCGCCGCUCGGGAUAUGGACGGCAUGGAUCUGAAUUCAAAAAUAUCGUAUUCAAUCACUGGUGGAGAUGGGCUUGGAAUAUUUUCUGUUAAUGAUCAGGGUUCCAUUCAUUCCUUAACUCAACUCGACGCGGAAUCUAAGAAUUUUUACUGGCUAACAUUAUGCGCUCAGGAUAACGCUAUAGUGCCAUUUAGCAAUUGUGUAAAGGUUUACAUUGAAGUUGAGAACGAAAACGACAACAUACCAUUAACAACCAAACCAGUAUAUUAUGUUAAUGUAACUGAAGGUAGCUCUGGAAAAAAUGAAAUAAUCCAACUGAAGGCAGUAGACCCUGACAUCGAUCCCUCUCAAAAGAUUACAUACAGUAUUAUUUCUGGAAAUUUGGUUGGAUAUUUCGACAUAGACCCUAAUACAGGUGUUCUAAAAACGACAGAACGGAAACUUGACAGAGAAAAUCAAGCAGAACAUAUUUUAGAGGUUUCUAUAUCUGAUAACGGAUCGCCUAUAUUGACGUCUACUACACGCGUUGUAGUGUCAGUAUUAGAUAUAAACGAUAAUAGUCCCGUCUUUGAUCAACGUGUUUACAAAGUUCAAGUCCCUUCUACGACAUAUAUCAACGAAUCUAUAUUUCAGGUUCACGCAAUUGACAACGAUGAUGGUGAAAAUGGUAGAAUAACAUAUUCAAUAAAAUCUGGAAAGAAAAAAAAUAAAUUUCGUAUCGACAGUUAUAGCGGUCAUAUUUUUAGUACAAAACCAUUAGAACCUGAUUCCGAAUUUGAAAUCAAUGUUAAGGCCGAAGACAAUGGAAUCCCCAAAAGAAGUCAAACUACUCUAGUUCAUUUUGGUGUCAUUCCUGUAUCUCCAAAUUCUCCAAACGCACCUUCAAUUAUGAAUAAAUCAAUAAAUAAUAUAGUAGAUUUGACGGAAAAUGAUAAGCCCGGUUUCUUAGUGACUCAAAUUCUGGCAGUUGAUGAAGAUAACGAUCAGCUAUGGUUCAAUAUAAGUGGUGGAAAUGAAGAAAACCAUUUUUAUAUUGGGAGAGAUUCCGGAAAUGUGCUGCUUUCGAAAUAUUUGGAUUACGAGACAGUGACAUCUUAUAAUCUAACUAUUAGUGUAACUGAUGGUUCAAAUAUAGUGUACACGUGGCUAUUCAUUCAAGUUGUCGAUACAAAUGACAAUGCUCCACAAUUUACGAAAGAGAUAUACCAUGUAAAUAUUUCUGAGAACAUUGAUGAAGAAUCUGUUAUUAUGCAACUACAUGCCACUGAUAGGGAUGAAGAUAAAAAGCUAUUUUACCAUCUACAUGCUACACAAGAUCCAUCAUCCUUAACACUGUUUCGUAUUGAUUCUAUAAGUGGUAACGUGAUAGUCACCCAGAAGCUGGAUUUUGAAAAGACAUCGCAGCAUAUACUAAUUGCUUUUGUUAAAGAUCAAGGAACACCAGGAAAGAGGAAUUACGCAAAAAUAAUAGUCAAUGUACAUGAUCACAAUGAUCAUUAUCCAGAGUUCACAAGAAAAAUUAUUCAAAGUAAAGCACCCGAAAGUGCAGCGAUUGGUUCGAAACUUGUUCAGGUUACAGCCAUUGACCGAGAUAGUGGCCAAAAUGCUGAAAUACAUUACUCGAUAAUUACCGGUAACGUGGGCAGUAUGUUUGAAAUCGAUCCCAAAUUUGGAAUUGUAUACUUGGCUGCCUCUUUGGACAUCAAUAAAAUGCAGGAGUACAUGUUGCAAAUAAAAGCUGUGGACCUUGGUCAUCCGCCAUUAUCGUCUCAAGUGCCUGUGCAUAUCAUUGUCACUAUGUCGGAUAACGAUCCUCCUAAGUUUUUUAACAACUUUGUUUCACUGGAAAUGUUCGAAAAUUUGGGCAUUGGAUCAUUUGUAACACAAGUUGAAGCUCGAUCGUCUUCAUCAGUUUUCUUCGAUAUCAUCGCUGGCAAUGUCAAUGAAAGCUUUCGGAUUAAUCCGUCUACUGGGGUUAUUGUUAUCAACUCCAAUGUCGAUUAUGAAAUAAACAGAAUGUUUAAUCUAACAAUCAAGGGAACUAACAUGGCAUCUGCGUUUUCCCAUCAAAAUGUGAUAGUGCACGUGUUGGACGUAAAUGACAAUGUACCGAAAUUUCUCCAAACUGAAUAUAUCGGAACUCUUUCAGAGUCCGCCAACUUGGGCUCUUAUGUACAAAAAGUUGAUGAAAAAAAACGUCAUUUAACUGUAAACGCAUUUGACGCAGACGUUGGAUUAAACGGAAUGUUGCAAUACAAAAUCCUUGAUGAUUUGGCGAAAAAUGUUUUUAAAAUUGAUUCCACAACAGGGGCGAUUGAAAUUUUACGCAGCUUGGAUUAUGAAAAGAAGUCAAAUUAUUCAUUUUUUGUGACGGUUAGUGACAUGGGUAAACCAAGCUUACAUUCGACUACAAAAGCUCACGUAGUAAUCCUCGUCACCAAUGUAAAUGAUUGCCCACCAGUAUUUAAGGAUAGAGAUCUUAACGUCACUUUGUUUCUACCAACGUUUGAAAAUGUAUUUGUUGCUCAUAUUGGUGCAAUUGAUGCAGAUAACGAUGUCAUUCGUUAUGAUAUUGUUGACGGAAACAACCCAGAAUGCUUUGAAAUACAUCCACUAACUGGCGUUUUAACGACAAGAAAUGCCGAAUUCUUAAACAGUGAAUAUAAUUUGCACGUCCGCGCCUCGGAUGGAUUGUACUCUACCAUUCUACUCGUAAAUAUCCAUAUUGAGGCAAUAGUGAAUUCAAAUUUCGUAUUUCAAAAAAAAAUAUACGAGUUUUCUGCUUUCGAAAAUACAACAAAAGUUACGACAAUAGGAUUGAUAAAUGUCAUUGGUAAUGCAUUGAAUGAAAAUGUGGAAUAUAGAAUUCUGAAUCCAACAGAAAUGUUUACAAUUGGAAUAACUUCUGGAGCUAUUAAAACUACUGGCAUAAUCUUUGACCGCGAAACACAAGAUAUGUAUAAGCUCUACUUUGAAGCAAAGUCAACCGUAUUUAGUGGAGACAACAUUAGUACUCGUAGAGCACUUACUUCAGUGUAUAUUUCUGUGCUAGACAUAAAUGAUAAUUGUCCAAUGUUUGUCAACAUGCCGUAUUACGCUUCUGUAUCUGUUGGCUUCACGAAAGGAACCAUUAUAUUGAAGGUGAAAGCAAUAGACUUGGACAGUGCAGAGAAUGGAGAAGUUCGGUAUGAACUGAAAAAGGGAAACGGUGAACUUUUUAAAAUAGAUAGAAAGACUGGCGAGCUGUCAAUCAAACAAACAAUUGAAGGCCAUAACCGCAAAUACGAUUUAACAGUUGCAGCAUGCGAUGGUGCUGUAAUUUCAUGCUGUACCGAAGUUCCGGUUCAAAUAAAGGUGAUUGAUCGUUCAAUGCCAGUAUUUGAAAAACAGUUUUAUUCUGUGAGCGUGAAGGAAGACGUUGAAAUGUAUUCUGCCCUGUUUAUAUCUAUCCAAGCCGAGAGUCCAUUGAAAAGGAAACUGAUUUAUACAAUAUCAAGUGAUGAUUCAGAACAAUAUUUUGAAAUUGAUUAUAGAACAGGGUCCUUGUGUGUGGUAAACGAACUAGACUAUGAGGAGAAAAAUGCCCACGAGAUAUCAAUCCGUGCUACUGAUAGCAUUUCAGGCAUUUACGCAGAUGUUUUGUUAUCCAUUACAGUAAUUGAUGUAAACGAUUGUUAUCCAGAAAUUGAAAGUGAUAAUUACAAUAUUACCUUACCGGAAAAUACGCCAUUUGGAUCACAAAUAUUACAAAUAAACGCAACUGAUUUAGAUUCUGGUGCAAAUGGAAAAUUAUCAUAUUUCAUUGAAUCCAUUGAUGGUCGCAAUGAUUCCGAUACUUUUUACAUUGAUGUUAGUGAAGGCUCCUUGUAUCUAAAAACACCGUUGGACUAUGAGCUAAAGCGUUAUCACCACGUUGUUGUGCACGUUAAAGACCAUGGCUCUACGCCACUAACUUCGAAAUGCAAUGUCUUUAUUACAGUUAAAGAUCUCAAUGAUAACUCACCGCAAUUUAUCGAGCCAUCUUUCAAUACAAAGUUAUCAGUAGCAGCGACUCGAGGUCAAUUUGUUGCAUUGCCUAGGGCUUUCGACAAUGAUACAUCCGACAUUGAUUUUUUGCAAUACCAAAUUGUUGACGGAAACGAUUUACAAACGUACAGCAUCGAAAAGCAAACUGGAGUUAUUUCACUUCAAAAUAUGUUGAAUUUCACCGACAAACCUAAUACAAUUUUAAAUAUAUCUAUUUCUGAUGGAGUUCACACAAGCUUUGCACGGUUAAAAAUUACAUUAGUUCCAGAAAAUGUACACAGUCCGCAGUUUGAGAACAUAGUUUAUAAGGCAACGAUAAUGGAAAACCUGGCGCAUGGACAUGAAGUAAUCACUGUUAAAGCAGUUGACGAUGAUUUUGGUCAGUAUGCCAGUCUCUACUACGAAAUUGUAUCUGAGGAAAUGAAGCAGUAUUUUGAAAUCAACCGUAAUACUGGUUUAAUUACAUCGAAAGUAUCAUUUGAUCGAGAAAUUAAAGAUGAGUACGUGCUACAAUUAAAGGCAAUUGAUGGCGGAAGUAAAUUUGGUUUUGCUUCAUUAAGAGUGACUAUUGAAGAUGCUAAUGAUAAUAGCCCACAUUUCUUUUUAAAAGAGUACAGAAUGGUAGUAAGCUCUUCUAAUAAUCCCAAUGAAACCAUAUUGACCGUUAAUGCUAUGGAUAAAGACUUGAAUGCAAAUGGCGUUGUAAAAUAUACUAUUGUGCCGCACUCAAUGGAACCCAAUUUACGAAACAAAAUUCAUUUGAAUGAAAGUAAUGGUGACAUCGUUCUCAUAAGUGAUCCAAAACAUUUUGAAAAAGGCGUUUUUCAAUUUUUUAUUCGAGCCUUUGAUUCAGGAGAGACAUCAUUGCAUACCGACAUUCCAGUGACUCUUGAAAUAGUAGAUUCUGAUGUAAUAAUUCCAACUUUUGAAAAAAAGGACAUCAAUCUCAAAGUUAUAGAGUCUACAUCUCCGGGAACGGUGUUAACAAAACUACAUGUGUAUGGAAAUUAUUCGUUAAAAUUGUCAAUUUCUGAAGAGAGCUCAAUUUUUGCUAUAUCUGAAAAUGGAGAAUUGAUUCUGAUGCAAACUUUGGAUCGUGAACAAAAUGACUCACAUUAUUUAGUUAUCGUGGCCGAAACCGCUACCCUACCUGUUCUUUUUGCAUAUGCUGAAGUAUACAUACAUGUUACAGAUGAAAACGAUAAUUACCCGAAAUUUGAUAAUACAAUUUACAGUUGUGAGGUAGCGGAAAAUACAGAAAAAGUCGCAUCUAUACUUAAAGUAACGGCAACUGAUGCAGACACAGGAUCGAAUGGUGAUGUACGUUACUACUUUGAUGAGGAAUCAAAUGGUAUACGAAGUAUUUUUGACAUCGACAUAUAUACCGGCUGGAUCACCCUUUUGUCAUCCUUAGAUCGAGAAGUGCAAUCAGAAUAUAAUUUAAAAGUAAUUGCCACUGACAAUGGUCACCCCAAACAUGACUCAAAAGUUCCAGUGUCUAUUAAAAUUAUCGACUACAACGAUAACGGGCCGCAAUUCAAGUUACCCAUGGAUCACAUUUACAUUUCAGAAACAGCGCUUCCAGGCACUGUAUUAGUAAAUUUGUUGCUUAUAGACCCGGACAUAGAAAAGCAAACUUUGGACUAUUACAUAAUUUCUGGAGAUAGACAGUCUCAAUUUCAAAUUGGCAAAACAGGAGAAUUGUUUAUAUCAAGACCUCUGGAUCGAGAGGAAGUAUCAUUUUACAACCUGAGCAUCUUAGCCACUGAUGGAAAGUUCACAACGGAGUCGAAUGUUCACGUGCACAUAAAAGAUGUAAAUGAUAAUAUGCCAUACUGCUUAAAGCCUCGUUACCACAUCACAGUCGAUGAAUCUACACCAAUUGGGUCAACCAUAGUUGAAGUUAAAGCAAUAGAUUUAGAUUCCAGCGAUUUUAAGCUACGUUAUUACAUGUCCGGAAAGGGGUCCGAUGACUUUGUUAUUGGUAAGGACAGUGGAGUAUUAAAAGUAGCAAAGACUCUUGACCGAGAAAAAAUCGCAAAAUAUAAAUUAUAUGCUCACGUUCAGGAUGGCAAAGAAUUCAUAAGAGAGUGUGUUUCUGAAAUAAUCAUUACCGUAAAUGAUAUCAAUGACAAUGCGCCAAUUUUCUCUCUGACCAAUUAUCGAGUAAGCAUACAAGAAGAUGCUCAACUGCAAACACUGGUGACAAAGGUACACGCUACUGAUAAAGAUUUUGGUAUGAAUCGAAAAAUCAAGUACUCUUUAACAGGAACAAAUAGUGAUUAUUUUGGAAUUUCCAAAUCUACCGGAAUUAUAAAAUUAGAAAAAAACCUUGACCGUGAAACAAUUUCGUUAUAUAAUUUCACAGUUAAAGUGGAAGAUUUUGGUAAACCAAUUUUGUCUUCAGUUGCAAAUAUUGUUAUUAAUAUUUUGGAUAUAAACGACAAUCCACCAGAAUUCAGCUUACGACAAUACAAAAGUCACAUGUAUGAAAAUGUCACACGAGGGUCUGAAGUUUGUAAAAUUCAUGCUACAUCCAAAGACAUUGGCGUAAAUGCUGAAAUUUUAUAUUAUAUAAUUAGUGGCAAUGAACAACAAAAAUUUAAUAUUAAUUCAAGUACAGGCGUAUUAUGGGUAAAUGGAACAGUUGACUAUGAAAAAUCAAAAUUUUAUUUUCUCACCGUUCAAGCCAUUGACGGAGGCAGUCCGCCAUUUAGCAACAUUGCUUAUGUAAAUAUAACUAUAGAGGAUGUUAAUGACAACACGCCAACAUUUACGCAAAAUAUUUAUCGAACCAGUGUGCGGGAAGAUAUUUCAGUCAAUCUUCCAAUAAUAGAUGUGAAAGCCACAGAUGAGGACUCUAACCUGAAUGGAAUUAUCAAAUAUAACAUCGUCAAGGGUGAUAGCUUGAGUCAAUUUCGGAUAAAUCACAGCAAUGGAACAAUAAGCUUAGCAAGGCCACUUGAUCGCGAAACAAUUUCGGACUAUGUAUUGGAAGUGCAAGCCUGUGAUUUUGGGAUUCCCGAGCGAUGCAAUAGUGUACAAGUCAAUAUUUGUAUUCUGGAUGCAAAUGAUAACGCUCCAAUAUUCUCGCAGACAAAUUAUAGCAUAGUUUUACAAGAGAAUCGACCAUUGGGCUAUGUUUUCAUCAAAUUUGAUGUGUCUGAUGCGGAUGAAGAGCCGAAUUCUACUCCCUAUACGUACGAUAUACGUUCUGGAAAUGAGGGUGGGCUUUUUCGGUUGGAGCAAGAUGGUUCUCUUAGCACCGCAUCCCGAUUCAAUCACAAAUUGCGAGAUGAAUUUAUAAUUCAAAUACGAGUAUUUGAUAAUGGAACGCCCCCACAAUACUCGGAUACUUGGGUAACGAUAAAAAUAAUUGAGGAAAGUCAAUACCCUCCUAUUUUAACACCCUUAGAUAUUACUGUUAACUCAUUUGAAGAUGAAUUUGCUUCAGCAUUCCUGGGAAAAGUUUAUGCGUCUGACCAAGAUCAAUAUGAUGAACUUACAUUUAGUCUGGCUACAACGAUUGAAGAAACUUAUGAAACUUCAAAAUUAUUUAGAAUCACGAAUAAAUCAGGGGAAAUAUAUUCAAUUUCCAACCUUGAUAUAGGUUUGUAUAAGCUAAAUGUGUCCGUGACUGAUGGAAAGUUUACCGUCUAUACCACUGUUAAAAUCAAUGUUGAACUUAUAUCGACGAAUAUGGUCAGAGAAGCCACAGUAAUCAGAUUCAGUAAAAUAGCAGCAUCCGAUUUUCUGUUGAGUCACAGGAAGGGAUUCAUUCGUGCCAUACGAAAUGUGAUGAGAUGUCGGCAAAAAGAUGUGAUUCUUAUAUCGUUACAAGUGCAAGUUCCAAACUCGCUGGAAAAACGAGUAAAGCGUUCAACGGAUUUAAAUUUAAAUGUUGUUUUUGCCGUGCGCAAACAACAAAUAAUACCAAGUUCUGAUGAAUUUUUUAGUAGUGACGAGAUUCGUUUAUCCGUUAUCAGUAAGGAACUUGAAAUUGAAAACGAUACUAACCUGAUCAUUGAAGAAAUAUUUUCAAGUUAUUGUCAAAACAAAGUAAACACUUGUGUUCAUGGAGUCUGCAAGCAAUUUAUAAGUCUCGAACAAAACAAUAUAACGACGAUAUACACAGAUGUGAUAAGUUUCGCUGCGCCCUCGUAUAGUUUGAUUAACAAAUGUGUUUGCAAGCCUGGAUUUGAUGGAAAAGACUGUAAUGAAACAGUAAAUGCGUGCUCUUCCGAACCGUGUCCACCUCAGAGAAAUUGUCUGCCAUCAGAAUCUGAAACUAGAUAUCAAUGUGUGUGCCCAAAGGGAUACUCAGGCUCAUUCUGCGAAAUAAAAUCUUCAAAGUGUGUGAAUGGAUCAUGUGAUGCAUUUUCAUCAACUGCAGUCUCAUUUGGCGGCAAAAGUUAUGCCCAUUACAAAAUCAAUAAAGCAAAGGCCAAAAAUAUUUUGGAAAAUCAAUUUGCCUACUCUCUACAAAUAAGGACAGUGCAACAAAGCGGUACCCUCUUAUAUGCGAGCGGAAAAGUUGACUACAAUGUGUUGGAACUUGUCAACGGAGCUGUAAAAUACAAAUUUGAUUUGGGAUCAGGAGAAGGUGUUGUAAGCGUAUCAAGCAUUUAUAUUUCGGACGGCGCGUGGCAUACGAUCACCUUGGAACGCACUCUUAACAGUGCCAAAUUAACUGUAGAUCAUAAGCAUGUUUCCCAAGGCAGUGCUCCUGGAGUCAAUGGCAUAUUAAAUAUUCAAUCAAAUGAUAUCUUCGUUGGAGCUGAAGUUCGUCCACAUCCAUCGAUUAUUGGCUAUGAAGAUAUUCAACGUGGCUUUAUUGGGUGCAUGGCGAACAUUAAAAUUGCUCUGGAGCCCUUACCUCUAUACAUUUCUGGAGGUAGUACAAUUGCCGCAUUGAAAAGAUUUACAAAUGUAGAGUUUAAAUGUGAUCCCGCAAACGUUCUUGUGAAUUUGGGAGUUUGCGGUACGCAACCAUGCCUAAAUAGUGGCAUUUGUAUGGAUAUGGGAAAUAAUAUUUUCAAGUGCAUUUGCCACGCGCGUUUUUCUGGUGAACUGUGUGAAAUUGACUUAGACCCUUGUUCGUCAGCGCCGUGUUUAUUUGGAGGCCGCUGUGAUAAUCAUGAACCAAAUAAUUAUACAUGCAAUUGCCCGAUACAUUUGUCUGGAAGAAGAUGUGAAUAUGGAAAAUUUUGUACCCCAAAUCCUUGCAAAAAUGGCGGAAUAUGUGAAGAAGGCGACGGAGUGUCACAUUGCAUGUGCCGAGGUUUUACCGGAGCAAAUUGUGAAAUCGACGUGAAUGAAUGCGAAAAUCAACCUUGCGGAAAUGGGGCAACUUGUAUAAAUGAGGCUGGGAGCUUUCGAUGCAUAUGUCCUUCAUUUCUUACUGGCGCAAGCUGUGGAGACCCUCUAUAUUCAAAUUCAAUUAGUACAAAAUUGAAAAACUUUUCAAUGGAGCACAUUAGUGGCAUAAUAUCGGGAAUAGCAAUUGUACUCAUUAUCAUCAUAAUAUUACUUUGUUGUUUUGCUUUUAAAAGAAAGUCAUCUAUAAGCACUAGAAAUCGAAAUGAAAAAUUCAAAAAUAAACAUUCAGUCAAGCAAGCAAAUCUAAACUCCCUGCUUGAUAAGGAUAAUCUUUGCAAAUCGAAUGCUAAAAUAAGCAAUUUGGAAAUAAGCCAACGACCAAUAAGCUAUUCGCCGCCAAUAAACGAUAGCCUAUUUAUAAGUAACACAACCUUUGUAAAUAAUCUGGAUAUUUUACGAAGUUACGGGUCCGCUGGUGAUGACCUGGAAAAUAUACCUUUCGAGUAUCAAAAAGUUAAUCGAACUAACCAACAUGUUAAUAUAAAUGCAAGCAAUCUGAUCGAUGGAGACAAUGGAGGACAUAAGCAGGAGUGGUGUGAACAGAUGCAUUUGAAAACCUUCAAUGAGAAUAAGCUAAAUAACGAGCGAAGAAUAGACUAUGGCUUUCCAAUUAACCGCCUCUCAAGCGGAAAACUAAUUCAGGUUGCAAUGCCUAACGUGUGUCAUUCUACAUCAAAUGCAAAUUUUGUUGAUUCUUCCGUGGGCAACGGUCAAUAUCACUGGGACUGUUCAGAUUGGGUACGCAAGAGCCAGAACCCAUUGCCGGAUAUAACAGAAGUUCCUGGUGCAGAAAUCGCUGACUCAUCGAGCUUCCAUAGUAAUGAUAGUAACGAGUCUAAAUCUAAGCGGAAAUAUUUAGUUCAUGUGGAAGAUAUCGAUCCAACUAGAGAUAUAGUUGCUCUAAAUGAAGACAUGGUAUUUGAAUAUGUGGAUUCUGAGAUAGAAAGUUGUAUUCAACCAUUUAUGCCGAAUUUAAACAAUGAAUCCCGUUCAAGACUAAGUUCUUUUAAUAAAAGCGAGAAUGAAGACUACAAACUAAAUACAGUGCCUUUCCAAUCAAAAUCAAAUCGAUUACGCAAAGUAUAUUUACGACAUCCUGAUUCAUAUUUACCGACGAUACAUACUCCUAGUGACACGGAGGCGGAAAGCUCUAAUACCGAAGCCCCAAUGCUGAAAAAAGACUUAUCAAGUAGAAGAGCAAUAAGCGGAAAUUCGGAGGAAAUAUAUCUGUUUCCAUAUGCAGCUGGAAAAACUGGUUCAGACAGCAAUAUCUCUGUUCGACUUUGUGAAAUUGAAGAUUCAGAAUUAGAAGACUUUCUUCCGCUUCAAGGGAAAUAUAGUAGUGAAUGACAUAUUAAUUGUAUAAAAUCAUAGAUCUUAACUUCGGCCAUGACUCUGUUUCUUUUUCUACUGAUUUUAUAUAAAAUAAAACUAAUUAAGUAUAA